AUGAAGAUCGACCUCUCCGUCUAUCUGGUCACGGACUCAACUGACCCCAUCCUCAAGGGGCGGGAUCUGUGUGCUGUUGUGGAAGAAGCUGUCAAAGGAGGUGUAACGGUUGUCCAAUAUCGGGACAAAAAAAGCGACACGGGCGUGCAAAUUGAAACUGCCCGCAAGCUCCACCAGAUCACCAAGGCCCACGGAGUGCCCUUGAUCAUCAAUGACCGUGUAGAUGUGGCACUUGCUAUUGGCGCUGAGGGCGUCCAUCUCGGGCAAGAUGAUAUGCUAAUCUCUGAGGCUAAGAAGCUUCUGCCCAAAGAUGCAAUUAUCGGGAUCAGCGCCUCGUCUAUUGAAGAGGCGCAGGCGGCAGUUGCGGCUGGAGCGGACUAUCUCGGAAUUGGGACUCUAUUUGCUACACCCACAAAAACAAACACCAAGUCUAUCAUUGGCACUUCCGGCGUCCAAGCCAUUCUUGAAUCCAUCGCGGAGUCUGGAAAGUCGGUGGGAACCGUCUGUAUUGGAGGAAUCAACCUCUCCAAUGUCCAACGAGUUCUGUACCAGGGAAGCUCCCCCCUUAAGAGGUUAGAUGGUGCUGCCAUUGUAAGUGCCAUUAUUGCGGCAGAUGAUCCCAAAGCGGCAGCGGCAGAGCUAGCUCAAGCUAUCGUCACUCCACCCCCAUUUGUUCGAAAGUCAGAAGGACCUGUUGUGCGCGAGACUUCUGCAAUGAUUGAGUCCGUGCCACAUAUCGUUCAGAAUCUUGUUGAAGUCCACCCACUAGUGCACAACAUGAUCAACUUUGUCGUUGCUAAUUUUGUCGCCAAUGUCACACUAGCUAUUGGUGCAUCUCCUAUCAUGUCUCCAUAUGGUGACGAGGCUACAGACCUCUGUCAGUUUGACGGGGCCUUGCUCAUCAAUAUGGGUACCCUCACCAGCCAAAGCCCUUCUGAAUACCUUAAAGCUAUCAAAGCAUACAACCAGCGGGGAAACCCAGUGGUCUAUGAUCCAGUGGGUGCUGGUGCAACUGAGAUCCGACGUGGGGUUGUUAAGCAACUCUUGGCUGGUGGGUACUUCGAUCUCAUUAAAGGCAAUGAGGGGGAAAUUCGCCAGGUUUCAGGGAGCACCGCUGUAAAGCAACGAGGCGUGGAUAGCGGGCCCAGUGCUCUUGACGCUCAGGCCAAGGCGCGCUUAGCCCGUGACCUUGCUCGACGAGAAAAAAACAUUGUCCUCCUCACUGGCACCACAGACUAUAUAAGCGACGGAGAGCGAGUUGUUGCCGUAGAAAACGGACAUGAACUCCUCGGUCAAAUCACGGGCACUGGUUGUGCGGUAGGCACAGUGGCAGGAUGCUUCAUCGCCACCCACCCAACCGAUAAAUUGCUCGCGGUUCUCUCGGCCCUCCUCAUGUACGAGAUCGCUGCCGAGAAUGCAGCUGCGAAAGACGAUGUCCGCGGGCCAGGAAGCUUUGCGCCAGCAUUCAUCGAUGAGCUGUACGCCAUCCGACAAGCAGCCCUGAAGGGGGACCACAGUUGGUAUGCAGGACGAGCAAAGGUUCACGAGGUCUCUCUUUGA